AUGAAGAUUGAUAGAUCUAAAUUAAAGAAAUCUUCAACUGAAGUGCCUGCUGAUUGCAGAGCUCUUAUUGAAAAGCUAAAAACAUGUCCAGAAGAGGAACUAUUAAGUGAACUGAAAGCAGUUAGAGUAUGGACAAUUGGGAAGUGUGAGUUAUAUCAUUGGUCAGAUGUAUUGGAUAUUUUUGAUGAAGUUUUAGAGAAAGGAUGUAAGAAGGAAACUGAUAAGAAAUGGACAAUAGCCUGUGAUAUUCAUGGCAAUGAACAGUUAAAAAACCUGAUUCUAGAGAUAUUGAGAUUUACAGCUUUAUUGAUAGAACAUAGUUUUUCUCGACAUUUAUAUAAUUCUAUGGAACAUUUAACUACUCUAUUGUCAGCAUGUGAUAUGACUAUAGUACUGGGGGUUUUAAACCUUCUUUAUGUAUUCAGCAAAAGAUCCAAUUUUAUUACAAGACUGUAUCCUGAGAAGAAACAAGCCUUAGUUGUUAGAUUAACACAUUUAGCAGAGAGUUGGGGUGGUAAAGAAAAUGGUUUUGGUUUAGCUGAAUGUUGUAAAAAUAGUCCUCUUUCUAGUUUCCCGACCAGUGCUACAACGCUACAUUUCGAAUUUUAUUUUGAAAAUAAAGAAGAAAAAGAAAAAUCUGGCAAAAAGGCUGUCUCUAAUAUUGUACAGAAUAUACAUAUGGAUAAUGUUGAUGAAUCAGAAAAAUUACCAUCUGAAAUAAUGGAAGAAUUAAUAGAAUAUUUCAAUAUUCCUCCCAAUAAACUGACAUUACUAUAUACACAUAUUAGAUUGGCCCAUUUAUUUUCUAAGUAUGAAGCUCGGGUACAAUGUGUACAAGCCAGAUUACAGGCAAUUUCCAUUUUAGUUUAUUCUAAUUCAAUACAAGAAAAUUUAAAUAUAAUACUUUACCCUGGAUUAAUAGAAGAAUUAGUAGAUAUUGUAGAAUUAAAGGAAGAAGGACUGGUUGAUAUAAAAGCUGCUGCCCUUAGAACUCUGACUUCUAUUAUUCAUCUAGAGAGAAAUCCAAAAUUAAACAGUAUUAUUGAUGCAACCGGUGCCUCAUCUUAUCAUGGUUUUUUACCUGUAUUAGUUCGUACCUGUAUUCAACAUAUGAUAGAUUCAGAAUUAGAUCCAUUCCCUCAACAGUAUGCAACUGCCCUAUUUUCUUUCCUCUACCAUUUAGCUAGUUAUGAAAAUGGUGUAGAAGCAUUAGUAUCUUGUGGUAUGAUGGAAGCCUUAUCUAAAGUUAUCAAUUGGUAUGCAGAAGGACAAGAUCAUAUUACAUUUGUUACUCGUGCCGUCAGAGUUAUAGAUCUUAUAACUAAUUUAGAUAUGGCAGCAUUUCAAGCUCAUGGUGGUUUACAGGCUUUCAUCAAUAGAUUGGAGCAUGAGGUAUCAAUUUGUCGUAAAGAACAACCAUUUGUAAUAAGACCUAAAAAUAGAGAAGCCAGUGUAGAUGUUGUACCUGAAUCACCACCAACAUUAAGAGUGCAAUGUUUUCCACAAAGAGCAGCUUUAUUAAAGUCCAUGUUGAAUUUUUUGAAGAAAGCCAUACCUGAUAGAGCUUUUGCUGAAAGUAUUAGACAUUUGAUGGAUGGUUCUUUACCAAGAUCAUUAAAACAUAUAAUAAGCAAUGCAGAAUAUUAUGGUCCUUCUUUAUUUCUUCUUGCCACUGAUGUUGUAACAGUAUAUGUAUUUCAAGAGCCAUCAUUAUUAUCAUCAUUACAAGAUAGUGGUUUAACUGAUGUUGUCUUACAUGCUCUUCUGAAAAAAGAUGUUCCUGCUACAAGAGAAGUGUUAGCCUCCCUACCUAAUAUGUUUAGUGCUUUAUGUUUAAAUACCAGAGGAUUACAAGCUUUUGUUGAUUGUGAUCCAUUUGAUAGAUUAUUAAAAGUUUUAUUAUCACCUGAUUAUUUACCUGCCAUGAGGCGAAGAAGUCGUAGUUCAGAUCCUUUUGGUGAUACAGCUAGUAAUUUAGGUAAUGCUAUGGAUGAAUUAAUGAGACAUCAACCAACAUUACGAUCACAUGCUACCAUGGCUAUCAUUAAGGCAAGUUGGUUUCAUUUUUUAUUGGAAAAAGUUGGGGAAAUGGGAAGAGAUAGUAAAUAUAUUUGUUAUAAACAACCAACUAAAUUAGAUAUUAAUAUCAACAUGUCUGUGAGAUCACCACAACCUACUGAUGGUGGAUCUUCAGAUGAAGAGGAGGAAGAAGAAGAAUUAGCUACUCAAGCUACUACUACUAGUAAUAAACCAGAUACAUUAUCUACUGAUUCUAUGCAAACAACAGAAACUCCAGAAGAAAAACAAGCUAUACCACUGACUGAUUAUGUUUUAAAUGUGAUGAGAUUUGUGGAAGCUAUAUUAAGUAAUAAUUCAACUGAUGAUCAUUGCCGAGAAUUUGUCAAUCAUUUUGGUGUAACACCAUUAUUACGUAUACUUGGUCUACCUAAUUUACCAAUAGAUUUUCCUGCCUCACCAGCCUGUCAAGCAGUAGCUACUGUCUGCAAGGCUAUCUUGACUUUAUCAAGAGAACCUCAAGUUUUAAAACAAGGAUUAAUACAACUAAAUGAAGUAUUAGAUAGUUUAAAACCAUUACAUAAACAUCUAGACCCUCCUGGUGGAUCAGUGUUAUUGAGAGAAUUAGCUGGUGUUAGUGGUUCUGUUGAUCCCACCCUCUCACCACAAGCUACACCACUACUCCACGCUUUAUCUGCUGCUCAUGCUUAUAUUAUGAUGUUUGUACAUGUUUGUCGUCUGGGACAGAAUGAUAUUCGUACAAUAUCUGUGAGUCAUUGGGGUAGUGAAUUAGGUUUGGAGGUGUUAGAAGGAUUGAGUCAGUUAUACACAUCCUUAGUUUGGGAGAGCACAGUGUUAUUAGCUUUAUGUAGUGAAGACAUCUUACCGCCCGGAUGUGAUUUUGGCCGAGCUGAUAUAGACAAGAUACUGCCUAAAGAUGUGAAAGGAGAUAAAGACUUAAAAGAAGGUGAAGAAACCUUGAGUCAUAGUUCAGGAGAAAUGGGUAGUAAUGGUGUGAGUGUUGCAAUGGAAUCUCUUAGUACUUCUGAAAAUCCUGAAAUUCCUAUGGAUGUCUCAGAGCCAUUGAUUGCUGAUAAGGAUGCAAAAAAAUCCAAACUCUCGCCUGUAUUACAAGCUCAAAUUAAACAGUUAAAACCGUUAUUAUCAGUGUCAUCCCGUUUGGGACGGUCGUUGGCAGAAUUAUUUGGGCUAUUAGUGAAAUUAUGUGUGGGUACACCAUUACGACAUCGGCGUUCUCAUCAACUUCCUCCAACACCAACAGCACCUACUCCUGCUGCUCAGUCAGUAGCUAAAGCUUUGACUAAAUUAUUAGCUAAUGGCUUAUCUUGGACACCACCAUCUUAUGCCCCUGUUCCUAAACUAAGGUUAACAUUUCUAGUAUGUUCUGUUGGUUUUACAUCACCAAUGUUAUUUGAUGAGAAGAAACAACCCUAUCAUUUAAUGUUACAGAAAUUUGUCAGUUCUGGUGGUCAAGAUUCUUUGUUUCAAGCAUUUUCCUGGGCUUUAUCAAUGGAUGGGAAGGUGCCUUUAACUGCAGGAAUAGAACACUCUGAUCUUCCAGAUGGGUCUGGAGAGUUUUUAGAUGCCUGGUUAAUGCUGGUAGAGAAGAUGGUCAAUCCUAAAACUAUAUUAGAGUCAGUCCAUGUAUUACCAGUUAAAUCAAAUCAACCAACCUUUACACCAUUUAGUCCUGUCCAAUACUUAAUUUCAACACAGAAGGCUGCAUUCAAUGCUGUAAUGAAUUUGUGGGGUAAACAACCAUUAAAGAUUUAUGGUAGUAGAAUGUCAGAAUCUAUGUUAGCUAUUCUGUGUCACAUUAUAAAAGGAGAAACUAUCAUAAAGGAAGCAUUAGCUAAAGAAAGAGAAGAAAAACCAGAAACAAGAGCAAGUGUUAGUAGUGGUAGCAGAAGAUUAUUACCAGAUACUGAUUUAUAUACACCACAAAAUAUACAACAAUUGAUGGAUAUGGGAUUCACUAGAGAACAUUGUGCUGAAGCUUUGAUGCAUUCUGUGAGCUUAGAGCAGGCCACAGAAUAUAUAUUAUCACACCCUCCACCAGCUGUCCCUUCAACAGUAUGUAUCAAAUUAACAGAAGAUGAUCAGGUGAUGCAAGCUAUAGCUAUGUCUUUAGGACAAGAUGUUGUUAUGUCAACUGAUCAGGUAUCCACAUUCUCUCCAUAA